GGUGGCCACAGCAUCCAGCACAGCUAGUUGGACACAUGGGGGCAGCAAUAUUCUGUCUCUACGACUCGUCUGUGACGAAGAAGACUGCAGAGCAAAAUGGCUGCGCCCAUGAGUAACGUGGAGGAAAUUCGCAGUCGGGUAAUCUUGGGAGAAUUUGGUGUAAAGAAUGUUCAUACAACAGAUUUUCCUGGGAACUACCCAGGCUUUGAUGACACCUGGGAUAUGAAGCGAUUUCAGAAGAACUUCCGGAUUGACGUGGUGCAUCUGGAUGAGAACAGUAUGGAGUUUGACAUGGUGGGGAUCGAUGCUGCCAUUGCCAACGCCUUCAGGAGAAUCUUACUGGCAGAGGUGCCCACCAUGGCAAUAGAGAAAGUGUUCAUCUAUAACAACACAUCUAUAGUCCAGGAUGAAGUUCUGGCCCACAGGCUAGGCCUCAUCCCCAUCAAAGCGGACCCUCGUCUGUUUGAGUUCAAGAAUACAGGUGAAGAAUCUGCAGAAGAAGAAGCUUCAGAAAUAGACACCAUUCAACUCCAGCUGAAGAUCAAAUGCAGCAGAAACCCCCGAGCCAGCAAGGACUCCUCGGACCCCCGAGAGCUCUAUCUCAACCACAUGGUUUAUUCCAAACACAUAGAGUGGGUCCCCAUCGGCAACCAGGCGGAUGUGUUUGCAAACUCCUGCAUUCGCCCCGUGCACGAUGACAUUCUGAUAGCACAGCUGCGACCCGGACAGGAGCUGGACAUCACCAUGCACUGUGUCAAAGGAAUUGGUAAGGACCAUGCCAAGUUCUCUCCUGUGGCGACGGCCAGUUACCGCCUCCUCCCAGAGAUCACCCUGCUGGAGCCGGUGGAGGGUGAGAAGGCGGAGCGCCUGAAGCGCUGCUUUUCACGGGGCGUCAUAGACCUGGAAGAUGUCCGGGGAAGAAAGGUCGCCAAGGUUGUAAACAGCCGACUGGACACGUGCAGCAGGGAGGUCCUCCGACACAACGAUCUGAAGAACUGCGUGAAGCUGGGAAGAGUUCGGGACCAUUUCAUCUUCACUGUGGAGUCGACGGGGAUCAUUCUUCCUGACAUUUUAGUCACAGAGGCCAUCAAAGUUCUUAUGGCCAAGUGUCAGACGUUUCUCAACGAGAUGAACUCUGUUGAUAUGGAGUGAACUGACUUGGUUCAUGAACGCACCGCGGCGCCCGGAUCAUUCUAACGGCAUCAACAUCUGCUCUGAAAAUAACUUCCAGGCUGAUGUGGUUCUUGUUUUUUCCCAUGUUCUCACUAUGAAGGUUUUUUCUUUAACAUGGUGGAUUAAUGAGAUCAUCUUCCUGAUGACCUCAAAUAUAUCAGCAUGAUGUAUUUCUGUGAACUACAGAGUAAUACAUAUCUGUAGUCCAGAGAAAUGGAGAGUGCAUCACAGAACAAUAAGCAGAAACUCUGCUUGGUCCCAGCAGGGAUAGAUCAUCAUCACUUCAUGUUACUGCUCUGAGCUCCUCAUGUAGAAACUGAAGUUUUCUCUAACCUGGUUAAGUUCAAGAUCAAAUGUUUUUGCAGAUUUAAUAAAAAAGAAAAGAAAAAAGAGACUCAGACUCAACAUUCAUCUUCCCAACAGAUUUCAGCAGAUGGAGAAUCUUUACCAAGCUGUCCUGAACUGGUUCCUGAACUGAAUCCCUGUAGUUUGCUUACAGAGCAAUCAGGGCAGUGAAUGAUGCAUUCAACCUGGGACUAAACUUCAUCCUGCAGCACCUCACCACCCAUAGAUGUACACCAGGAUUGUGUUAGGGAACGUCAGCUCAUCUUUCAACCCACAGACUCUCCACCAGAAGCUCAUCCAACUGAACCUCCACCUGUCAGUGGAUCAUCUGCUUCCUGACUCAGGGUUGCCGAGAGGACCAUCAUGGCUGACCUUCCCUCCAUGCUGGACUGGUACAGGACAAGGGCCAGGGAUCAGGCAGCUAACAUAUCUGCAGACCCCACACAUCCUGGAUACAAACUGUUUAGACUUUUACCAUCAGAGAGAUGUUACAGAGCAAUAUUUGUUAAAACCAGCAUCCACAGAGACAGUUUCUUCCUCCCAGGUUGUAUCUCUGAAGACAACAAAAAGAGCCCCUUUUAACCAGAUGCUCUAAAGUGAAACAAAAUUACUGUUUUAUUCCACUGAAACAAAAUAUAUUUUUCUUUCUUUCUAAAGAAACAAUUGGCAACAAGUUUGUGUCUAAAUUGUCCCUUUAACCUACUUUAUUUCCCCGGAAGUUGAUAAAUCCCCAUUUUCUACGCUGUGAUCAGAGCUUGGAAACAAAAUCUUGGCCAAUAAAUAUGAUUGUGAUCUUUUAA